UGCGUGCCGCCUCGCGUCUCCGCCCUGGUUGCCAUAGCAGCGGGUUGGACGCGCGGCCAGCAUGGCGCUGCCGGACCCGGUCAGAAGGAGGCUGGGCUCCUUCAGCCGGACUGUGUUCAGCGACAGCAACCGCACCGGCCCGGAGCGCCGAGGCAGCGGCGGCAGCCUGGAUAAUGAAAUAGUCUCCAGUUUGCCAUUGCAGAUGUCCCUCUAUUUCAACCUUUACUUUUUCCCAUUUUGGUGGGUGAGCAGUGUUGUCAUGCUCCAGCUGAAGUACCCAGUCUUGCCAGAUUACUACAAGUUCAUCCUUGUCACAGUAAUCGUCCUAGCCUCUCUAAUUGAGGCCAUCCGACUGUAUCUUGGCUACGUGGGCAAUCUGCAGGAGAAGGUACCUGAACUGGCUGGCUUUUGGCUCCUGAGUCUCCUCCUGCAGUUGCCCAUAAUCCUCUUCGUGCUCUUUAAUGAAGAUUUGAAGAUCCAGCCACUGGAGCGAGCAGUCCACAUCAUUUUUGCCCUCUUCCUCACCUUCCAGAUCAUUGCAGCUUUUCUUGCCUUGAAAAGAAUGGUGAACCAGCUGGCAGUUCGUUUCAGCCUUAAUGAAUUUGACCAGCUGGACGAUCACCCCACAUCUGAUUAUCUAGCCCGAGAGAAGAAGAGAGUGCAGGCUUCAUGGCGGGUAGGACAAAAUUUUGAGGAGGCUCCUCCAUCAAAUAUUGAUUGGGAGUCUGCACUCAAGGCCUGACAGGUUACUAGGAUAGAGCCUCAGGAUGAACGUCUCUUGCUACUAUAGUCCCUUUAUUCCCAUUUCUUUGGCUCAUUCUCAACCUUCCUAGUUUUCAGAGAUCCUAAAAGUAGUUCUUCUGCCACAGCCAACAUUAAAGAUGGGAGAUUUGAACUUUGCUUGAACAUCACAUUAGCUCUGCCAGUUAUACAGUUGACUUCAUUUGUAUAUAGUUAUUCAUUGGAUGAAAUGCCUGCAGUGUGGGUCUUAUACUUAUGCAAACUUUAAUUUUUUUAAAUUGUGUACAAAAGAUAUUUACUGUUCAUAAUAUUGCACAAGGAUAUUUUGUUUACAAUAAAUUCAUAUUUUAUUCAUUUUAAUAAAACUUCACACUAUAUAGCUUC